AUUUACGUAUUCUGUGGACCCAUCGGCCCGAGUUUGUCAAUGGUUGCCAAGAAUUUGAAAAAAGAGUCUGCCAAAGAGAACAUAAACAGUGCGUUAUAAAUUAUUGUGCUUUGUGAUUGCGAAGAUAAUAGCGCGGGUUUUAGCAUUAUCAUUUAACCGAUACAAAUACUAGAGUCUAUAAUAGUAUUUAACUUAAUCUACAAUGGCAAAUGAUCCUGAACGAUUUGAUAGCAUGCUUCUUGCUAUGGCCCAGCAACACGAAGGCGGUGUUAAAGAUCUUUUGAAUACCAUUGUGAGUUUUCUGGCAAGAAAAACAGAUUUCUUCACUGGGGGUCAGGAAGGAGAAUGGGAACAGGUUGUAAAAAAGACAUUCCAAACUCAUGCUAAUAAAGCCAAGGAAGAAGCAGAUAAAAUUAAAAAAGAAAAGGAGGAAUCAGAAAAGAGACUUAGGGAUAUACAACAGAGAAAAGAACAGGAACGGCUCGCACAAGACUUUGUGCCUGCUACUGUCACUGAACUAACUGACCAAGAAGCUGAUAAAUUGCAGGAGGAUAUAGAUAAAAAUAAGAAAAAGAUGGGUGGUGGCGACAGCGGUGAUGAGCAACCCGCAGAACCCGAAGAAGAGGAGGAUCCUAAAGAGAAAAACAAACUCAAACCUAAUGCUGGUAAUGGAUGCGAUCUUGAGCAUUACAGAUGGACUCAGACUUUAGAAGAAGUUGAGCUGCGAGUGCCGCUGCGGCAGGUGCUGCGGCCGCGCGAUCUAACUGUGGUUAUCAACAAACGAUACCUGAAGGUCGGCAUCAAAGGUCAACCGCUCAUCAUCGACGGCGAGCUCGACGCCGACGUUAAAAUCGAAGAGUCCACGUGGGUGCUGCAAGAUGGACGCAAUUUGCUUGUCAAUCUGGAAAAGGUGAACAAAAUGAACUGGUGGAGCAGGCUGGUCACCACAGACCCCGAAAUUUCAACGAGGAAAAUCAAUCCAGAACCAUCUAAGUUAUCCGAUCUAGACGGUGAAACACGUGGUUUAGUUGAAAAAAUGAUGUACGAUCAACGGCAGAAAGAGAUGGGACUUCCCACCAGUGAUGAACAAAAGAAACAGGAUGUUCUGAAAAAAUUCAUGGAGCAGCAUCCCGAAAUGGACUUCUCGAAGUGUAAAUUUAAUUAAAUAACACCUACGCUCAACAGUAUUUUAAGUGAAAGCACUAAUAUUGCAUUACGUUUAUCAAUUCUAUAUUCAACAACAUAAUUUGUGUGGUUUUGCAUUUUUUCUGGUUAGAUGCUUUACCAACCAUUAUUUCAUAAUGUAUUUAUGAGUAUUGCUGUUUCCUUAUUGAUAUGUGAGCAAAUGGCAUUGAACCAAUAAACAUAUUCUAUAAUUUAAAAA